AUGCAACGGCGAAGCAUAUUAAGGUCUUCAAAUCCAGACAGUGAGGCUUCCAAUUCUCUGGAUGUAGCACUUACGAAGCCCGAUGAUGAACAAUUGUUCUACACGGCAAGUGUACAUUUUCUUUUAAAAAGACUUGAGGAAAAAAGUCACAAACCAAAACAUAGAGAGGCUACACAAAGUUGUUGCAACUUGAGUCGACCCACCACCAGUGCAAAUAGUUAUAUUCAACUGACUGAUUCUAUAAAACAACACUACAAGCCCCCAAUCGCUGAAGGUUCAUCAUUGUCGAUGCAACAAGUUUUACCGUUUCCGAAAUCUAGUAGAGAUGGCUACUUUGCUCGAUUGAAGAAUAUGUUUCGGAAGUAUAUGCGCUCGGAUUCAGACGUAAAUGAAACAACAAUUGAAGAAUCUGAAACUAAACCAAUUUCAAAUUUUAAAUUCCCACGAUGUGCACGAUUGAGUAACAUUCGUUCUUCACAUUUAGUAGAAAUAAUAGAGGAAAAAUCUCAUGAAACUAUUAGUGGGUCUAACGAUAAAGAGACAAGGAAUAAUAAAAGUAAUGUUAUUGAAGGAAGGAGAUCCGUGACUGGCUGUAAAAUGUAG